AAAUUCCUAUUGGUCGAAAAAUCACGUGGCUAUAUACUAUGCAUCCAUAAUUAAGUUGCUAGUAUUUUCUUGCCCCCCCACCCUCAAAAAGAUGUCAGCUUACUGUAGUAAUCUUAGAAAAAAAAAAACUUGGAUUGCGAAUUAACAAAAUGAAAUGUCGUGCCCCAACAACUUGGCUAGUGGCUCUCUCCUAGUGGAUUCCUUGGUGGGUGGAUCCUUCACGUACAAUCUCGCCCACCCUGAGAUGUACAUGCAAACGGGUACUGAGUGUAGCUUUUCGAUUAUGCGAAAUUGUGGAAUUGUUUCUUCACCUCUCACCAAAAGAGAUGAGCUUCCACAGACAACUAUACCGUUGAGCAUAUACCAUCAGGCAUCCUACCUGACACCGUUGGAUACAUGGGGCACACAACCAAAAACUUGUAUUGAACAACCUGUUGCCCGACCCUUGCUCGCCUGCACUCUUCCAGUGGAUUUUGUCAAGGAAGAGGCCAUUAGUCGUGUGUACCGGGAUGACAUUACCAGGGAUAAGGAAACAACAGAACCGGCUAUCUACACAAGACUGGGCGACAACAGCAACCGGUCAAGCUGUGAUCAGGCUGCACAAUCUGCAUCUGACUUUCUCAAUGUACACCAGAUAUACACUGCCGAGAAUUCACAAGAUGGUAAUGAUUUCGAUUCCGGUUUUGCGUCAGCUGCAGACAUGACAACUUCUGCUGAAAUACCGUUGCCCGAACUGUUCGUUAAUGCCAGAAAAUCUAAAGAGCGCUUGUCGGUUGAGCGGAUAAACCCUGAAGAUCGUCGUUCUAAAAAACAGCCGGAGAAAGAGGACAGUAUUUUUAGUACGGACAGUAUUACGGAUAAUUCUGAAAGCGAAAUGAAAGAAGACUGUAACGCCGACAAGACACCUGGAAACUGGCUGACGGCUAAAAGUGGUCGAAAGAAAAGAUGUCCCUACACAAAGCACCAGACGCUGGAGCUCGAGAAGGAAUUCUUGUUUAACAUGUAUUUGACUCGCGAGCGCCGCCUGGAGAUCAGUAGGAGCAUCUGCCUCACCGACCGUCAGGUCAAGAUCUGGUUCCAGAAUCGGAGGAUGAAGCUGAAGAAGCUGAACAGAGAGAGCCGCGCGCGAGAGCUGACGCCGACCUAUUACACCUGAGCUUCCGUGGAUAAAGACUGAAAUCUUUUUUGGACAGCUGGGGAAAUACCACGUCAUUUAGAACAUAUAUAUAUAUAUAUAUAUAUCUAUAUAUCUCGUAAAAUUUUAGCAUUUUGUGAAAUAUAUCUGUCUGUGUGUGUGUGGGUGUGGGUGUAUAUAUAUAUAUAUAUAUAUAUAUAUAUAUUAUGUAUGUACCGUAGUGUUUAGAGCAUCUGAAUUGUAACCUUUUGUAUGUUUAUAUGCAUGUUUCAUUUCUUUAAAGUUGUUGUAUCUCUGUUUAACACGAUCUGUCUGUUUUAUCUGUCAUAUUUAUUGCAUAAAGCAAAGUUUGCAUGAAUAUCCCUUUUCUCUCUGUAUGGGGAUUAUGUGAGAUCAAAAAUAAAGCAGGAAAUUGAGAAAA